CCAGGAGCCCACGCGUACCCAAACUAUCAUUACUCGUCCCCGUCUCUGCCGACCUUCAACCAUCUAUCAUUUUACGUGUUUCUGCCCCAAACCCUCGAUUCAGCGACGGAGUCAUGCUACAUUGACGGCAUUUAUUUACGAAACUACCGCCAGUCACAUCCGAGUCAAUUGUCGUAGUUGCUCCCCACGGCGAAGGACCCUUGACAUCAAUACAAUUAGUCCCUUUGGGGUACCGCCUCACGGGAUAUCCCCGUUUGGGCUUGACGAAUCUGUUCGAAGCUUAGGGCUAUCGACCACAGCGUCGCCCCCAAAUGGCUCGAUUGCGAACCUUCCUCGUCGCCGGCGCGAUGCUGGCAGGAGCGAUGACUUCCGCCGAGCUUCUUACACCAAAGCAUGAGAAGGGACGCUGCGCAGUUCGAGGCCACUGCGGCAAAAAGGGCUUCUUUGGAAAGGAGUUGCCCUGUGUUGAUAAUGGCCUUGCGACGAUGCCCGACGAGGAUCUUGCCAAGGACAUCGAGGCUUUGUGCGGUGCCAAAUGGAAGGACAGCAAGGUCUGCUGUGAUGCCGGACAGCUCGAUUCCCUCAAGUCGGCGUUGUCCACGCCCAACCAGAUCAUCGGAUCUUGCCCGGCGUGCAAAGACAACUUUUACAACCUGUUCUGCUCCUUCACCUGCUCGCCGGACCAGUCGCUUUUCGUCAAUGUUACAAAGACCCAGGAGAAGAACGGAAAAAACAUGGUGACUGAGCUGGACCAUUUAAUAUCAGAAGAAUACGGAACCGGCUUCUACGACAGUUGUAAAGAAGUCAAAUUUGGACCUUCCAAUUCCAAGGCCAUUGACUUCAUUGGCGGCGGCGCAAAGAACUAUUCCCAACUCUUGAAGUUCCUCGGAGACGAGAAGGCAAUAGGAUCGCCGUUUCAGAUGAACUUCCCGCCCAAAUACUCCGAACCUGCAAUGUCACCGCGUGAGAUGACGCCAAAGAAGUGCAACGACGAGGACCCGGCGUUCCGUUGCGCAUGUGUCGAUUGCCCCGCAAUCUGCCCGGAGCUUCCCGCCGUCGGACAAUCCGGCUCAUGUCGCGUGGGCGUUCUUCCUUGCCUUUCCUUUGCGUCUAUCUUCACCUAUAGUGUCUUGCUAUUAUCCUUGGUCUUGGCCAUCGCGGGACAUGUUGCAUGGAAGAAGCAUGCGCAAAGACGCAGUGAAAGUCUCCACCUUCUGCAAGGCGCUGUGGAAAGUGAUGAUGACGAGGACGAAGGACACCUGGUACGAAACGGUGCCAUGUUCGAUCGCCCGCAGAAAUACUAUAGAAUUAACACUUGGUGCGACAUUGCCUUCAGCAAGCUCGGCCACGUUUGCGCAAGGUUCCCGGCUAUCACUAUCUCCGUCAGCUUGAUUGUUGUCGUCGUUCUCAGCGCUGGUUGGGUCAAGUUUGAGAUUGAGAGGGAGCCCGCAAGACUUUGGGUCAGCCCGACUUCAGCUGCUGCUCAGGAGAAGGCCUUCUUUGAUGACAGCUUUGGUCCAUUCUACAGAGCCGAGAAAGUCUUCUUGGUGAACGACACAGGCGGUCCCGUCCUCAGCGCCGAUACCAUCCAAUGGUGGAUGGAUCUCGAGCAGAGCGUUAAGCAGCUUAAGAGUUCCAACUUUGGAGCGACUUUGCAGGAUGUAUGUUUCAAGCCGACCGAAUCAGCUUGCGUUGUCCAGUCGGUAGCCGCCUAUUGGGACAACUUGUACUUUGACAAGAGCUCCUGGAGAGAAGACCUUAUCCACUGUGCAAAAUCUCCAGUGGAUUGCAGACCUGAUUUCAGUCAGCCAAUUGAACCAAACAUGGUUCUUGGGGGUUACAAGAAUAUUGAUGACGUUGCCGAUGCUCCGGCUAUGACCGCAACCUGGGUUGUCAACAACUUCCAAGAGGAAAGCCGCGUUGCUCGCGCAAAGGACUGGGAGAGGGCUUUGAAGGAUCGGUUGCUGGACGCACAGAAAGAAGCCGCCUCUCGAGGACUCCGCCUGUCUUUCUCGACAGAGAUCAGCCUGGAGCAGGAACUCAACAAGUCCACCAACACUGAUGCUACUAUCGUCGUUAUCAGCUAUGUGGUCAUGUUUAUUUAUGCGUCCUUAGCUCUGGGAUCUACCAGCAUGACCAUUCGAGAGCUGGUCAGGAACCCUGCAGUAUGCCUGGUACAGAGCAAAUUCACCUUGGGUCUUUUCGGCAUUGUUAUUGUCCUGAUGUCCAUCACAUCAUCGAUUGGACUGUUUUCCUGGGCUGGAAUCAAGGCAACGCUUAUCAUUGCAGAAGUCAUCCCGUUCAUUGUCCUGGCCGUUGGAGUUGACAACAUCUUCCUCAUUGUUCACGAGUUUGAGCGAGUCAACGUCCUCCACCCAGAUGCGGAGGUUGAGGAGAGGAUAGCCAAGGCCUUGGGCCGCAUGGGUCCGUCAAUCCUCUUCUCUGCCAUCACUGAGACUGUAUCUUUCGCCCUUGGUGCCUUCGUAGGCAUGCCAGCUGUUCGCAACUUUGCGAUCUACGCCGCGGGCGCCGUCUUCAUCAACGCCCUUCUGCAAAUGACUUUGUUUAUUUCGAUCCUCUCGUACAACCAGAUUCGUACCGAAGACCACAGAGCGGAUUGUUUCCCAUGUAUUCAUAUCAAGGCUGCGCGUGUGCACCUGAGCGGAAGUAACGGAAACGCAGCCCCUCAGCCAUACGACGUGCCUGAGGAGAGCUGGCUGCAGCAAUUUAUUCGCAAGCACUAUGCCCCAGCCCUUUUGGGAAGAAAGGUGAAGAUUUUGGUCAUCGUCAUUUUCACCGGUGUACUGGCCGCUGGCAUUGCUUUGAUCCCGGAAGUCAAACUUGGCUUGGAUCAGCGAGAUGCAUUACCAGGUGAUUCCUACCUCAUCGACUACUUCAACGACAUGUACAAUUACCUGGACACAGGCCCACCGGUUUACUUUGUCACGAAGCAUCUAAACGCGACCCGGAGAUCACACCAACAGGAAAUAUGCUCCCGAUUCACGUCUUGUGAGCAGCUGUCCCUCACGAAUCAGCUUGAACAGGAACGCAAACGUCCAGAAGUCUCCUACAUCGUUUCCCCGACGGCCAGCUGGAUCGAUGACUUUUUCUUGUGGUUGAACCCUGAUCUGGGUGACGCAUGCUGUAUGGAAAAGGGACAGGCCUGCUUUGCUGGCCGUGACCCUCCCUGGAAUAUCACUCUGUCCGGCAUGCCUGAAGGUGAUGAGUUUGUUCAUUACUUGCAGCGAUUCUUGAAAUCUCCGACGGAUGAAGACUGCCCUCUUGGAGGACAAGCUUCCUACGGCCAGGCCGUUGUCGUUGACGAUGAGAAAAACACUGUGCCGGCUAGCAACUUCAGAACUAUGCAUAGUCCACUGCGCAGCCAGGACGACUUUAUUAAAGCAUACGCAGCGGCGCGUCGCAUUGCCGACGAUGUUCAUGCCAGGACAGGAGUCGAGGUUUUUCCUUACUCCGUCUUCUACAUCUUCUUUGACCAAUACGCCAGCAUCGUCAAUCUCACCGCUACCUUGCUCGGGUCAGCCAUCGCCAUCAUCUUUGUCGUCUCUGCGGUGCUUCUGGGGUCCGUAGCUACAGCACUCGUGGUCACCGUCACUGUCACGAUGACAGUAACCGACAUCAUCGGUGCCAUGGCAGUGUUCAAUGUCUCUCUCAACGCGGUCUCACUGGUCAACCUUAUCAUUUGCGUUGGAAUUGCGGUUGAGUUCUGCGCUCAUAUCGCUCGCGCAUUCAUGUUCCCCUCGGCAUCGGUCAUGGAACGCGCUAAGAAUCGCUUCCGUGGCCGUGACGCCCGCGCCUGGACCUCACUUGUCAACGUUGGCGGCUCCGUCUUCAGUGGCAUCACAGUGACGAAACUCCUGGGAGUCUGUGUCCUCGCCUUUACGCGAUCCAAGAUCUUUGAGAUCUACUAUUUUCGCGUGUGGCUUGCGCUAGUCAUCUUUGCCGCUUCGCAUGCCCUGAUCUUCUUGCCCGUGGCUCUCAGCCUUGUGGGCGGAUCUGAAGGCUAUGUCGACCCAGAGAGCGAGGGAGGACUGGUCGAAGAUCUCCAGAACCGCAGGUACAGAGCGCUUGUCCCUGAUGAUGCUAGCGACUCAGAUGAAUACGACAAUUAGACUUGCUACUGAUCCAUAACCCCAACUAAACUAGCAUAGCUUGGAUAAAAUAGGGUUUACACUACUAAUAUAUUUUAGCCAUGUCAAGAGUGUCGUGUUUCGUUUUCGAAGUGUGCUGAGGGAAGCUUAUGGAUUAGAUAAACAUAUUGGUUUCCUUCCAAACAACCAACGGCCUCAUUUGAGCAUGUAUCACUACUCCACCUGGCUGAUGGGCGAUAGACUCUAGGUGCUAGUAGAGUGGGCUAACCAUGCGAUCCGUCAUACUGGUAUUUGAAAUUGUUAAGCUAUAAACUACCUAGUUAUCAAGUAUUUGGCUUUCGAGG